ACAGCAUAGACCCACGUCCAUCCUCUGGCUAGCUGCUCGUGCGUGCGAACUCCUCAGCAAAGUUACCGCGCGCCUCCAGCUGACCUCCACUGAGAGACCAAAGGCCCGUCAGCAGAAGAAGAAAUGGGUGGACAGGAGCCGGUUUGCUAUGCUAUGCAUGUACUAGCCAGGUAGGUAAGAUAGAAGCAGAAUGAUGGGAGCAUGGACGUCUGUGUGGGGAAAGGAGAGUGCUCAUUUCGAGGCAAUCACGCUGGCCGGUCCCUUCCCUUCCCUCCCUCGCUCACCAGGUUGGGAACAGGAGGAAGAAGACAACCAUUUCCACGCACAAGAGCAUUAAAGGCUUAAAAGCUUCUUCUUCUCCUUCUUCUGAUUCUAUUUCUACCUAGGGUGCUGCAUACGCCGAUGUCUUCUUGCGACGGCAGCAAGAACCCAAACAUUGUCCCGUUUGUUCCCUUCUUCUUCCUCCUCGUCGUCGCCUUCUCCUCUGUUUCUGCCUCGGCGGCGACGGGCGGUGGCAAUGGCAGCACGACGGCGCUGCUACCGUCGGGCCAGGAGCUGCUCGGGUUCAAGCGCAUCCAGGCCCGGCUUGCCAGGGUCAGGGAGGCUUCUGUCAAGACGAUCCGGAGCCCCGACGGCGAUGUCAUAGACUGCGUGCCGUCUCACCUGCAGCCGGCCUUCGAGCACCCCAAGCUCAGAGGCCAAAAGCCAGAGGACGCACCUGCAGCGAGGCCGAGGAAUGCCGACGCCGGGGGCGCGAACGUCGACGACACCGAGGACCAGGCGUUGCCGCAGCUGUGGCGGAGCUCCGGCGAGUCGUGCCCCGGAGGGACGAUACCGGUGAGGCGGACGACGGAGGGCGACCUGCUCAGGGCAAGCUCCAUCAGGCGGUUCGGGAUGAAGGCUGCCGUCGCGCGGCGGGACUCCACCAGCAAUGGCCAUGAGCACGCGGUGGGGUACGUGUCCGGCGGGCAGUUCUACGGCGCGAAGGCGAGCCUGAACGUGUGGCCGGCGCACGUCUCGUCGCCGGCGGAGUUCAGCCUGUCGCAGAUCUGGGUCAUCUCCGGCUCCUUCGGCCACGACCUCAACACCAUCGAAGCCGGAUGGCAGGUGAGCCCAGAGCUGUACGGGGACAACAGCCCCAGGUUCUUCACCUACUGGACCAACGACGCGUACCAGGAGACGGGGUGCUACAACCUGCACUGCGCGGGGUUCGUGCAGACCAACAGCCGGAUCGCCAUCGGCGCCGCCAUCGCCCCAAUCUCCUCCUACAACGGCCACCAGUACGACAUCACGCUGCUCAUCUGGAAGGACCCGAAGAAGGGCCACUGGUGGCUGCAGCUAGGGCCCGCGGGCCCGUUGGUGGGCUACUGGCCCUCGGCCCUCUUCACCCACCUCGGGGCCCAGGGCCGCGGCGCCGCCAACAUGGUCCAGUUCGGCGGCGAGGCCGUCAACACCCGGGCCUCGGGCUCCCACACGCCCACGCAGAUGGGCAGCGGCAGGUUCCCCGGGGAAGGGUACGGCCGGGCGGCGUAUUUCCGGAACGUCCAGGUCGUGGAUUGGGAUAAUAAUCUCAUCCCCGCGGCCGGGCUCCGGCUGCUCGCGGAUCAUCCUGGGUGCUAUGAUAUCGCCGGCGGCAAUGGCGGCGCCUGGGGCACGUAUUUCUACUACGGCGGGCCUGGGAGGAACGUGAGAUGCCCCUAGCCUAGAAGGGAUCGGGAAAUCAUCGGCGGAGGGGAUGUUGAUGCGUAGUAAAUCAAACAAACGAGAAAAAAAAGAAUGCUAAUUUAUACCGGAGCACAAAAGGCUUUUUGAAGUUUCUUUGGGUCAUUGGUUAUUGAGAUCAUGUGUUCGUUUCUUUACCUUCGUGCUCUAUAUGUUUGGAGUUCGCAUUGCGUCUAGUUUCCGAAGAUUUUGGGACAGAAGUUGAAAAAAGAAGAAGAAGAAGAAGAAGAAGAAGAGUGGUUUUGUAAUUUACAAACGGAUUUGGAGGAAGGUGGGCCUUGGGUUGCGUAAUAUUGGGCUCUGUAUGGACUUGUGCAUCUGUCGCUAGCGGUUCCAGCGACCCUUACCGCGGAUCGCGCAGCAAGGAUGGGCCAAGCUCACCAUCGAAAUCAUCUAGAACUAGGUUACUUUGGCAAGAAGAUCAAGGUGUAAAUGUAUCAUCUUGUGAGCUGGCAAAUUGUAUGCCAACCCAAAGAACAAGGUGGUUUGGGUCUUGUUGACUUAACUGCUAAAAAUAUUAGUUAUUUGGGUAAAUGGAUUUGGAGAUUAGAACA